AUGGGCGUCUCCAUUUCACAUGAUCUCGAAGAAAGGAGAGGAUUGAUGGAGACCUUGUUGGUUAUACUUUACUUGGCUAUGCUGUGUGACCGAUAUCACGCACGCCGCACCUCACCAACAAUAUCAAAAAAAGAAAGUCAGGAUUAUAAUGGAUCAGAAGCACUCGAUUUUCCAGCUCUUCAUCGUUGUUCGUCUCCCAAAAUGUCUUCCUUUGGUAAAGAAAAUGUCUCUGAGUCCAAGUGCGUUCAUCCUUCAGCCUCUUCUAGAAUUCUUGAUCCUCCACCACCGGCUCCUUAUGUUAGCUUGGGCUGGCUAGUAUAUCUGAAGGAUGAUAAGUAUGCUGACGGCCAUUCGCAAGCCAAUGUUCGUCGCCCAAUGAAAGAUAUGGUCGAAAAGCUUCAGGGUAAACGACCCCAUCUUAUUUUGACUGAUGAAGCCAGUCUAAAGGGUCUCAUCCAGGUCAGUCGUGUUGCAUAUUUUUACUUAUGA